AGUCAGGCAUAAGGCGGGAACGGAGCGAGAACCGGUCCCCAGCAAGCGGCCGCUAUUGUGUUCGAAAAGAACGUUUCGCGCGCGUGUGCUUCCCUCUCUCUCCCAGUCUUCCCCUAUCAGUAGUGUGUGUGUUUGUGGUGCUGUGUACGAUUUUCGGGAGGAAUUUCAGUGCAUUUCUCUCAUUUUGGAAUUACACUCUUGUGAUCGCUUCCAGCCUUCCUUCCAUCCCUCUGGAGUUGGAUCUUAGGCAUUCUAAACGACCCUCGGUGAACGUUUUCGUGGUACUUUGACGAUAAUCGGAAGCUAGUUGCCUAGUGGUAGAACAUGGGCAUCAAGGCGAGUAAAAAGGCCGACAUCACGGCCCCACCUCCGAAAGAGAAGAAAGUGAAGCGAAGGAAAAGCAAAAAAGAAGACAAGAACCAGGCGAAUGGAAUCGAAGAAAUCGCUGUCCAAGAAAAGAAAGAAGAAACAGCCCUAGCCAAUGAAACAAAGACUCCUGAAGAAAAUGGCGAAGCUCAAAAAGCAGAAACGGGCAGUGCAACUUCAAAUGAUGCUCCAACUGAUAUUGUCCAAGACAGUCCAGGAGCCGAAUCGCCAAAUGUUGCUGUGAUUUCUGAAGUGCAGUCUCCGUCAAAUCAGGCAUCUCCAAUCAAUGAAGAUGUGAAGCAACCAGAGGAACAAAAAACAGAUUCUCCAGCUGCUGUUACUGAAGCUAAGAUCGAAACUCCAGUCACAGAAAGUUCUACACAACAAGCAGAAGUUCCAGUCACUGAACAAAGUUCUGAAACUGCAAUGGAAACAAAAUCACCAGAAAGUUCAGAACCAGCUAAAGAGUUGCCUGUAGUUGAAGUCAAAGCUGAAACACCUGUAGCCGAAGUUAAAGUAGAAUCACCUGCUGCAGAGGUUAAAGCAGCAACACCUGUAGAAACAUCAAAAGCAGAAGCUCCAAUUGAACCCCCGAAAGCAGAAACCCCUGUGGAACCCCCGAAAGCAGAAACCCCUGUAGAACCCCCGAAAGUAGAAACCUCUGCUGAACUGCCAAAAGCAGAAACUCCUGUUGAACCACCAAAAGUAGAGUCGCCAAAAACAGAAGCUCCUGUGGAGUCUUCAAGUGAACAGACAAUGCAAGAACAACCAAAAGCAGAAACCCCUGUUGAAGAAGUCAAAGCAGAGACUGUUAUAGAAGCACCAAAAGCAGAAACCCCUGUUGAAGAAGUCAAAGUAGAGGCUGUUGUAGAAGCGCCAAAAGCAGAAACCCCUGUUGAACAGAAAGUAGAAACGCCAGUGGAAGAACAAAAAGUAGAAACGCCAGUGGAAGAACAAAAAGUAGAAACGCCAGUGGAAGAACCGAAAAUAGAAACUCCAGUAGAAGAACAGAAAGCAGAAACGCCUGUUGAAGAAAAAGCUGUGACACCUGUGGAAGAAGCAAAGGUUGAGACCCCUGUGGUGGAAACCAAGGUUGAAGCUGCCCCCGUAGAAGAAACCAAAGUUGAAACACCUGUAGAAGAGGCAAAGGUUGAGACCCCCAUUGAAGAGGCCAAAGCUGAAACCCCUGUAGAAGAAGCAACGGUUGAGACCCCUGUUGAGGAAACAAAAGUGGAAACGCCUGUAGAAGAAACAAAGGUUAAGACUCCCGUAGAGGAUUCUAAGGUUGAAACUCCCAUAGAAGAAUCUAAGCAACCAAGUCCUACGGAGGAAACCAAACCUGAUGCUCCCAUUGUUUCAGAUAACCAUACAAAUGGUACAAAUGGUAUUGAAGAAAAUGGAACAGAAAUAAUUCAAACAGAACAGCAACCAGACGUCAUAAUGAAUGGGCAGGAAAAUGGACUAACUGAAGUUCCGACCCUCAUUGCCUGGAAAAAUGGAGGUGAACAAGUUGUUGUUUCGGGUGAUUUUAAUGAAUGGGGAGACAACUGCAUGCUUAACAAGCAGGAUGGCAUCUUUUCCACUAAACUAAAACUGUCCAAGGGUACACAUCACCUGAAAUUUUUAGUUGACGGAAACUGGACUGUUGAUGAUAGUCAGCCCACUGUGGAACUGGACGGCCAUGGCCAAGUGAAUGUGCUAACUGUUCAAGCUGAAUAAGAUGAGUUGCGGGUGUAAAUUUAUCGCAAAACUGAAAUUGGCCAACUGACUGGAACAAUUCAUCUCUUACAUGCUACACUUAUUCAGAAAAUUUUCGCUUGCGAAGGGAGGCCGUAAAAAAAAAAAAGUUCCCCCUAGACCUCCAACUGCAACAAAUUUUCUGACUGGACUUCAGGUUGUGAUCUCGUGAGACGAGAUUCCUCUUCCACAAAGACUUUAUCACAACCCCGACGGCAGUUUGUGGCACACCGAAUAGAAAAUGGUUUUCCUUAAAAUGUUAUUGUAGUGUUGUGUAGUUCUAUAUAGGAUGUGCAUGUGCUAGUUUGUAUCGGAAUCGUUUCCAUUUUCAUCAACCGAAAGAGAACAAAUUCAAGAACUUGUCACAGCAUCAUUGAAGGUUAUGAGGAAAGUACUUUGUUGCGAUGAAUUUGGAACAGAUGGACUUUUUAAACUUUAAUUUGAAAGUGAAUAUUAAUGUUUUAACUACUUAUUGUAUAAAGUUAAUUAAAUCAGAAUGAAAAAAACCCCCUAGCAUCACAAAUGUUGUGACAAUAUCUAUACAGCAUCUAUCUGAAAAAUGCUUGGUCCAUCCUUUAUGGUCAAUCAUGGUUUAUAGAUGUCGUCACAAUCUGGUGUGUUGCUAAGGUAACGAUUAAACCUCAUAAUUAUUUUUUAAUUUGGUAUUAAAACUGUUGGAGUUUUCACAUUUGUGAAUUUAUAGUUGAUGACUACGUUAAAAAUUAUCAAGUUUUGAGGUAAUCUAAUGAUUGUGAUACCUAUAUCUACCUAAUGUUUGGAAAAUCAAAUUACAUUCAAAUGGGAUGGUGGAAGUGACACAAUUUUACCAAUUUUUCUUAAGAAAAGCCAAUGUUUUAACUCUUUUAUGAAAAGUUGCCAAACAUUUACACCAACUUUUAUAUCUUUAAAUAGUUUGUACAAUGUCUGUGUCAAAUCAUCAAUAUGUAUUAAAUGAGUUUAAACAUUUCUUUACGUCUGGCUCUUUUUAACCAGUGUUUACAAAUAGGUAGUGCCUUUUAUAGAAAAAAAAACAAUGUGCUACUUCUUUCGAGAUCUUUAAAACCUUUUUAUGACAUAUUGCAAAUGUUGGGUGCUGAAUUUCAUAUCAUGCUUAUAUUUUAAUAAUUUUCCCCAAAAUUUUUAUUCAUAUAUUAAGUGGAAAAUGUUUCAGUUCUAGUCAAAAAGGAAAAUAAUAAGAUCAGCCUGUAAUGGAACAAACUAAAUUGGAGUAUACUAUUUUGAAAUUGAGUUGAUAACAUUUUCUAUGGAAAUUUCUAUUCCUUAACUAUUAUGUCCCAUCAUGUUAACAUUUUGUACUGCAAACUGCUUUUUCAAAUAAACUUUUCUAAGGACCA